CUUUAUUCUUUUCCUGUGUGGGGGAAAAAAAAGUUACGAAACCCCACCCUCUUUUCUAACUGUAAACGGAGCCGUAGUGUGGUUCGCGGUCUGGACGACUGGAGACGGGAAAGGAUUAUACCUGACAACAAAAUGCGAUUAUAAACUAAUAUCAUGCGUUUGGGAUAUUACAAUCACAAGAAUAAAACCUCAUCGCGCGACAGAGGAACAUGGUGACGCGUGACGAACCAAAUGGGGUCGUAUUUGUGUGUCUUUCUCUUUAAAAGAAUUUGCCCAGGCUACUUUGUAUGGUUCUUCCUGUUUAAAACUCAAUUAAAAGGAAAUCAGCCUACGUAUGGAAUAUGUGAAAUGCUAAGCAGCCAACGAACCCCGCGUCUGGUAUCAGUGGAAGUGGGCAACAAUUAUAUUUAAAAUAUAACUAUGACCGUGGAUGUGGAAUUUGCUGACAAAUAUAGCAAGUUUGAAAAAGAACCGUUGCCGAGUUCGUGGAGCUAGAAAGAGCCGUCUUGGCAACUCGGGAACAAGUUGCCGUAAAGCACAUUUACGCAGAACUGAAUGCUUCUUUCCUGCUAUUCUUCUCCACUUCUCUGUGCUUCCUGCUUGCGAUGACUGCGGUCUGAAUGGCUAAAAAUACAGGCUUAUCGAAAAGUCAAGAUGGACAACAAAAAUCGAGAUGUCUGAAAAUGUGUUGUGUAGUUUUUCAGCAAGUUCAUUUUGAGAGACUCGCCCGCUUGUGCAUUUUUACUACUGAAAUAGAUUUUAUGCGAUAUUGAAAUGUAGCCUAUUGUUCUUUGUUUUAAACGCGUUUGCAAUCCACUGGUUAAUUUAUUAACGUUCCUCGUGUUUCGUAAGUCACUUGCUAGCAAACAAGUAAGGGUUGGUCAGAAAACAGUUGCCGAAAAACGACGUGUUACACUCUUAAGUCUACACCGAAAGCCGCUGAAUGGAGCCAAUUUUGGAUUUUUACGCGUUGGCACACUUGACAGAAUUAUUUAUACACAGGACUUUUCCUUUCGUUUGGCGCCUGUCAAACCAAGUGGAGACCUAGGUAUUGUAUGCCUACGUUUCUACGAGUGUCUGGCUAGGUUUGAAACCAAAGUUUUGAUAUACAUUUAGCUAGUUUGUGGGGGAUUUGCUUAUAUAUAGGCGAUGUAUUUUUCCUGUUCCUCAUGAGCUUAAAUAAACAGAAAGGACAGGGAGCGAGGCGAGGCGCUUUAAAGUACGCUUUGUACUUUAUUUGCGGUAUCUCCCCGAAUCACAUUAAAUGAAAAAGUCGUGUGAAGGUCCAUGGAGCCACUGAAGAAUAUUUUUGCUCGCGGUCCACUGUCAAACUGGAAAGGGCUCGAACAAUCGCAGAAGGGCAACUUUACCAACCCCGUGUGGACGGCUCUGUUCGACUAUGAGGCGUCUGGGAAAGACGAGCUUACUCUUCGAAAAGGCGACUUGGUGGAGGUCCUGUCUCUGGACUCAGAGAUAUCAGGAGACGAAGGCUGGUGGGCGGGAAAGGUCAACAACAAAGUGGGCAUUUUCCCCUCGAACUACGUCUCGUUCAAGCCAAGCGGUUAUGGCAAAUUGCAGGGCUCGACGGUGGUCGGGGAACUUGGUCCGGUUGUGGUUGGAGAGUUCGAACCGGAAGCAGUGGAUUUUACUGAACUGAGUUUGGAGGAGGUUAUAGGGGUUGGCGGGUUCGGCAAGGUCUACCGGGGAACCUGGAGAGGUGGCCUAGUAGCCGUGAAGGCAGCUCGCCAGGAUCCGGACGAGGACAUCAGCGUGACGGCCCAGAAUGUGCGACAGGAGGCGCGGCUGUUUGCCAUGCUCACUCACCCAAACAUCAUCGCGCUCAAAGGGGUUUGUUUACAGGAACCCAACUUGUGUCUCAUAAUGGAAUACGCUUCCGGUGGCCCCCUGAGCCGGGCGCUGGCUGGGCGCCGCAUACCCCCGCACAUCCUCGUCAACUGGGCCGUGCAGAUAGCGAGGGGCAUGCUGUACCUGCACAGUGGGGCGAUAGUACCUGUCAUCCAUCGGGACCUGAAGUCUAACAACAUCCUCCUGGCCCAGCCCAUAGAGAAUGACUGCAUGGAGGGAAAGACGCUGAAGAUCACAGACUUUGGGCUGGCGCGGGAGUGGCACAAAACCACCAAGAUGAGCACGGCGGGCACCUACGCCUGGAUGGCCCCGGAGGUCAUCAAGUCCUCCACCUUCUCCAAGGGCAGCGACGUGUGGAGUUACGGCGUGUUGCUAUGGGAACUGCUGACGGGUGAGGCGCCGUACAGAGGGAUCGACGGGCUGGCCGUGGCGUACGGGGUGGCCGUCAACAAGCUGACCCUGCCCAUCCCGUCCACCUGCCCCGAGCCCUUCGCCCAGCUCAUGUCCGAGUGCUGGGAUCAGGACCCCCACCACAGGCCCAGCUUCGCCUCCAUCUUGGCUCAGCUCACGGCUCUGGAGCAGCAGGUGAUGGAGGAGAUGCCCCAGGACUCCUUCCACUCCCUGCAGGAGGACUGGAAACUGGAGAUCCAGGACAUGUUCGACGAGAUCCGGGCCAAGGAGAAGGAGCUGCGCUCGCGGGAGGAGGAGCUGAAGCGGGCUGCUCUGGAGCAGAAGUCCCACGAGGAGUUCCUGCGGCAGCGGGAGCAGCAGCUGGCCCAGUGGGAGCAGGACGUGUUCGAGCGCGAGCUCAGCCUGCUCAUCCUGCACAUGAACCAGGACAAGCCCAACGUCAAGAAGCGCAAGGGCACCUUCAAGAAGCACAAGCUCAAGGGCAAGAAUGGGGAGAAGAUCAGCAUGCCCCAGGACUUCAUCCAUAAGAUCACGGUGCAGGCAUCCCCGGGCCUGGAGAAGAGGAAGAACUCUCCGGACUUGGGCUCUGGCUCUGGCUCCUCCCCUUCCUUCGGCCCUCGAUUCCGGGCCAUCCAGCUGAGUCCCAGUCAGAACAGCAGGUCGUUUGGUCUGAGCCCCAUCUGGCCCCUGGAGCCCCUGCCCGGGAAACAGGCCAACGGAGAACGACGCCUCACCCCCCACUGGGCCCCGCAGAGCCCCAAGAGCCCCAAGAGCCCCAAAGUUCUGCGCCUCAGUCCCCUGGAGAGCAGUCUCUCUAUGAGAGCCAAGCUUCUGGAAAUGGACAGCAGUGAGAAUGGGAAUUUUCCAUCAGAGUUUGAGGAGUACAGACCCCCCUCACCACAGUCUACUCAAAACGGCUUCUCCGUGAGGGAGCUUCCCAGGACCGUUCUACCUCAGGGGGAUUCUGGGAGUGAGGAGGGGGGGUCCCCGGCUGACUCCCCCAGGCCUGAGAGGGGGUCCGUGGGCGGGGCCGUGAGGGUCACUCACCGGGCCCUGUUGGACGGGGGCUCCCUCCUGGCCUCCGUCGCAUUGGGCCGCUGCCUGGAGGCCCCGCCCAAAGUCCCGCCCCGCUCCCACCCCGUCGUCCCGGAGAUGGACGAAGGCCCUGCCCCGGACCCCCCCGUGGUGAACGACCUCAUCGUCUUCUCCCACUCGGACCACUCCCCCCGACCGCUCGUCGAUGUGACCCUGCAGCCCCCCGAAAUCAAGCCCGUGCCCCUCACCCCUCCGCCACCCCAACCCCGCCACUCUCACGGACCCCCCCGGCUCAGCCCGGGGGAGCGGGCCCCCCAGACCAAUGGGGAACCGCCGUGUGACCCCUGGGGGCCCAGUCCCGACCGGAGGAGGCGGUCCAGUCACGGUCACCUGUCCUCUCAGCUGGUUCUGGACCUCCCCUUUUUCACCCAGGACCUGACGGAGCGGGACAGCUCAGCCCAGCCCCCGCUCGCCCUCUUCCCCGACCCCCGCCUCUGGAGCCCAAAGACGCGCCGGCUGGAGGUCAACGUGAUCCCCCGGCCCCGCCCGCCCUCCGUGCGGCCCCGAAUCGACCCCUGGAGCUUCAUCUCCGCCGGCGGGGCGGGGCGAGGGGCGGGGCGCGCCGCGGCCCGGGCGGGGGGUCCCCCGUGUCACCACCUGGGACACCAGCCCUCCCCGACCAACCCCUUCACGAACUGCGACCUCUUCCCCACCCCGGACUGCGACCCCUUCGCCCAGAGAGCGGACCCCUUCGGGGCCCUGGACGUCCCCUCCCCCUUCGACCCCUUCUCCGCCCCGUUCCGCGCCUCCCGCUCCGCCCCCUGCUCCACCAACGUCAGCCCCUCCCUGUCCGCCCUCAGGGUGGCGCCCAAGUCCCCGGCGGAGCCCCCCCUCAUCGAUCUGGGCUGGCGGGGUGGCAGCCCGCCGCUAGACACCAAAGAGAGGCGGGUCCCGGGCCGGGCGUUGGCCACGGGGCUCAGCCCCUGGAAGUCCCCGACGCAGCUCACCAACGACAGGUUCUGAGACGCCCGUCCUGGGAAGGGAGGUGCGUUAACAGGGGCCCCGGCGGAGGGGCAGACGGGGACGACAGAGGGGCCGAAACCUGCUCCCGUCCUGGUCCCGCCUCUAUCCCGUCACCCUGAUAACUCCCUUUCAGGAAGCACUGUGUCCGCACGGGGAGCGGGUCUCCACCCCGAAACCCCAAAUCCAACAUGGCCGCCUUUUAGAGGGGCUCUAACACGAGACAGGGAGGAGUGGAAAAGUUCCCAAGUUUGCGCAUGAAUUUAUUCCAAAGAUCAAGAGGGGGACCCCUAUCCCCCCCCAGCUCCCCCCUCCUCCCCAGUAGACAUCUGUAGACACACACCUGCAGGGCAGACCCCCCCCCCUCCCCCCCUUUCCUCUAAUCAGUGGGCUUUUCAUGCCUGUCGUAACGAAGGUGGAUACGUCUGCUCGCGGAUCGCUGUCUCUGAUCCCUUCCUGUAAAUCAGUCACACUGGAGCUCAGCACCCGAGGCGCGUUGUUUUUAAUCCAUUUCCCAGAAUUCCCAGCUUUUCUCCCUUUUAAAAGUGAAUGCAGACGGAGGCGACGCGAGGCGUUUGAAAGCUGCGCGGGUUUCUGAAGCAGUGCCGCGGGAUCCCUUGAGACUGAUGCGCACUUCAGCGCAAAAAAACGCUUUUUGACAAGCGUCGCUCGACAAAAAACGAAGGCGUGGCAUCGAUACUUUUUGGCGGACGCCGGCGGGAGGAGGGUUCGGUUAUCUCUGCCGAGCUGCUGACCGUUUGUUGACGUUGUGUAAGCGGCCCGAUCGCUCUGCCCGGCGAAGCGUGACGGGGUCUGCGACGUGACAAAAUAUCCGCGGCGCACGAUGUUGAGAAAUAGCGUCUUGUGACACUUUUUUUUUUUUUUUUUUUUUUGCCAGCUGAUAAUUCGUCGGUUUUGUCGAGCUACGCUUGACGAAAAGUGUGGCGCGAGGAAGUGUAAAUUAGGCUCUAGGCCCGGUCCUCAAACGAUCUUUCUGUCCUUGCCAGAGACAGUCACUUCCUGUCCUUUUGGGUGCUAGCGGGCCUUCAUUAUUUCGGUGCAGUUGUUAUGGGGCCCCGAGGCUGCCUCGGUGGAUAUAACCGGUCUAAAUCACCGGCGGAGAGAGACGGCCGUCGAUCAUCCAGGGCUCCGGAGCUUCUGAACGCAAACUGCCUGCUCUGGACCUACGGCCGCCUGCGCUGCCCCGUUUCUAACCAGGGAGCCCGUUUCUAUGGGUACAGGGGAACCAGUCGCUCCUGUUCACAUCGCACUGUUUGUAACGUCACACCCUUCGAGAGAGAGAGAGCGCGACGAUUGUACGCGGCUGCGCUGUUGUCACCUGACGUGCCUGCGUCAUUUCAGCUUGACUCCGUUUCACAAUCUGUCGAAAGAAAAGAGCAAACACGGGAACGUGCUCGUUUAAAUUAACUCCAGGGCUGGUGCCUCUGCUGGAUUUGAGAAGCACAGGCUGAAGUAGAUGACCUUGAUAAGUCUGAUUGACAGGAUUCUUGGCUUGAUCACUAGGGCAACACAUGCACUGGGUGUCUUGACUCCAGUAAUAAACAGCAUAAUGUCACGGACGGGACCUUGGCCUAGGAGCACGAUUAAAGUCAGAUUAAAUGCUGUUUUGAAAUGGGAUUUAUUUGGAAGAAACAGCAUGGAGGGGACAAAUAUUUGAACUCCCUUGAAAAGUUCUUAAACUUAGAAUUUAGCUGGUCCUUGCUGUAGGAUAUUGACGGACUACACGAGGAGUAGUUGACUGUCCAAACAGAGCUGUGAGGGAGUCUGGGUAUUGUAGUCUGCCAUCACAUAUGAUUCUCCGACAGUGCCAGUGCCUUGCCAUUCCUUUUCCGUUUCCUCUCAUUGCAGACGUGAUCUCAACCUUUUUGUCAUGUGAUUAUUUGAGCUCUUAAUUUUCAUUUUUCCGUCUCAGUCUUGCCGUGCAUCGCCAUUAAAACCUGGUGCUCCCAAACAUUGACUUCCUCUUGGGCCACAGUCAUAUUUACAGGGAAAAUAUGUACUUCUUAAUUUUGCAUAAUUAUUUCUAUAAUUUCAUAGUUAGUGUUAUUGCAGUUUUCAGUAUGAUGAUAAUAAUCAUUAUAUGGUUAUUAUUAUUAUUAUUAUUAUUAUUAUUAUUAUUUCCAUAGUUGUCUCUGUGAUCUCAGCAUCCUGUCAGUAAAGGCAGCCCAAAGGUAAAGCUUACCUGUGUCCGUAUGGAUAACACUUUAAGGAUAUGAUGUAAAUCGCAACGUGCAGUCCUCUCUCUUCCCAGCAAACCCAGUCGUGUCUGUGACAGCGAGACAUCCUCUCACAUUACGUAUGAAUAUA